GCGCGCGGAAGCUCAUAUAGGAGGCUCCCAGCAGAGAAGCGGCCAGUGAACGGCGGAGCGCGCACCGGACCAGCUCGUUAACUUCCUAUGUCCCCUCCCCUCAUUCUCUGGCAGCUUCAGCUUCAGCAGCAGCCACACAUCGAACUACCGGGCUAACUACUGGCUAAAGAGAGGCUCCUCCACCUCCAGCACUCCAGACAGACUUAGACUGGUCGUCAUCGUCUGUUUUUACUCCGGAGACUGCGGAUUUUAUCCCUGGUUUAUUUUCCAGUGGAUAGGCUACUGAGAGUGCGCACCGCCUCACCGAGAAAAACUAAGUGUACGGACAUUAAGUCUGCUGUUAUAUAUAUAUAUAUAUAUAUAUAUAUUUUUUUUUAUAGCUGGAGACUAAAAUCCUCUAGCCUUGUGUCCGUCCAGCCGUCUUCUCUGCCCCCCCUCUGGUUUAACUGCACCGGUCAGACUUGGGAAGAGCAACAGCCUCCACCGGCGCAUCAGUGAGGUAGAAAAGCCCUACAUCGAACUGCAGCCAUGGAUGAGUGGGACGUACCCCAGAUGAAGAAAGAGGUGGAGAGCCUCAAGUACCAGCUGGCCUUCAAACGAGAGAAGUCCUCCAAAACAGUGACUGAUUUGGUAAAGUGGAUAGAGGAUGGCGUCCCCGAGGAUCCGUUCCUGAACCCGGAGCUGAUGAAAAACAACCCGUGGGUGGAGAAAGGAAAGUGCAUCCUUCUCUAGAAGAAAAAA